AUGGAGAAUUAUCAGAAAAUUGAGAAGAUUGGAGAGGGGACGUACGGUGUGGUCUAUAAGGCUCGAGAUCUCACGCAUCCCAAUCGAAUUGUUGCGCUGAAGAAGAUUCGACUUGAGGCUGAGGAUGAGGGCGUCCCCAGCACCGCCAUUCGCGAAAUCUCUCUCCUGAAGGAAAUGCACGAUCCCAAUAUUGUUAGACUCCUCAACAUUGUUCACGCUGACGGCCACAAGCUGUACCUGGUCUUCGAAUUCCUGGACCUCGAUCUAAAAAAAUAUAUGGAGGCACUUCCCGUCAGCGAGGGUGGUCGUGGCAAAGCGCUGCCCGAUGGGUCGACACUCGAUAUGAAUCGACUGGGCCUGGGAGAGGCGAUGGUCAAGAAGUUCAUGGCUCAACUCGUCGAAGGUAUACGGUAUUGCCACAGCCAUCGAGUCCUCCACCGCGAUCUGAAGCCUCAAAAUCUCUUAAUUGAUCGUGAGGGUAAUCUCAAGUUGGCGGAUUUCGGCUUGGCUCGAGCUUUCGGUGUCCCGUUGCGCACGUACACCCACGAGGUUGUCACGCUCUGGUAUCGUGCACCGGAAAUCCUAUUAGGCGGCCGUCAAUAUUCCACUGGUGUCGACAUGUGGUCCGUCGGUGCUAUUUUUGCAGAAAUGUGCACGCGCAAGCCGUUAUUCCCCGGAGAUUCUGAGAUUGAUGAAAUUUUCAAGAUCUUCAAACUCCUCGGAACCCCGGAUGAGAAUACCUGGCCCGGUGUCACUUCAUUCCCCGACUUCAAAGCCUCAUUUCCUAAAUGGAAGCGUGAAGACACUCGAAAGCUGGUUCCCGGCCUGGAACGUAACGGACUUGAUCUUCUAGAUGCCAUGCUCGAAUAUGACCCUGCACGACGUAUAUCGGCGAAGCAGGCCUGCAUGCACCCAUACUUCCAAGCUGGUAGCUCGGCCUAUUCGGGGCGAGAAAGAUUGCAGCCAUAUCCAUGA